ACUUGUCAUUGUGCUAGAUGUGAAAUACAGCAAAUAAAUACAAUACCAGUGUAGCAAGCCGUUCUUAAUUAUUGACAUGUUUGAAUGCAAGGAGGUGUAAUCAUUUUAUUUUAAUUGUAAACUUCAUUGUGAGGACUGAAGACCUGCGAACAACUUGUAAUAAACCACCAUCAUCAUUUAAAUUUAUUUGUAACUUGAGAAAUUUGUUCCAAAUUUAGUUGCCAGUGAAUGAAGUCACAUAGAGACUUAAUUUUAAAAGUUUUCCGACUGAUUACAGGGGUUUUGUAAAAGCAGUUCACAUGAUAUAUAAUUCAUAAAAACAUUAACAGUUACUUUUUCUCAGGCAUAUAUAUACAAGUAAUUAAUGUGCAGAUUAAUGUGUACAUUUUUCUAAUAUUUUUCUGGAAAUAAUACUAUAUUCUUGAACAAGUUGAAAACAGUUGAGACCAGAUUUGAGUUUAAAAAAGUGGAAUUUACUGAGCCUUGAUGAAUGAAAAAUUCAUUCAUAAAAUUCUAAAAGAAAAUUUUGAAAUGGAAAGACGAUAUUCAGAAUCUACUGGGAAAAGUUUGUCAAAAUUCAGAACUUCAACAUCUCAACCAAAUACAUUGCAAAAUGUGUCCAGGAAACUUUCGUCACAGCUUAGUACUAAGGAUUUAAGCCACAAAAGUAUUCUGAAAUUCAAGGACAAACAAAGAGCCAAAACAGCUCCACAUGUUUCAUCACUCAAUGUUGUAGAUAGUGAUAGUAGUUCUGAGGAGGACUCAAAUUUCGUUAUGAUCACCUCAUUGCCGUUUCAUAAAUUGAUGGCACAAAGACAAAACCGCCAAUUAAGGGGAGAUUACUCCUCUGAUUCUGAUGAUGACUGUUUCAGUGACAAAGAUAAGAAUGCCCGACUUGAGGAACAGAUGAAGCUUCAUCAUCUCCAACAGUUGAUGAAGGAGUUUGUAAACCAUAAACCAGAUGGCGUAGUUAUUCAGGAAGCAUCCACUUAUUUCCCACCAAAAGUGAAGGAAAGGGCACCAGGCUUGAUGAACCUAGAUGAAUUCAAAACAACUGUGUCCAGGGUCUUAAAAACUAAUGAAUAUGAUGAAUAUUUGGAGAAAUUAUUCUUGAAGCUUGAUUCUACUUGUGAUGGGUUCGUUGAUUGGAAUGAAUUCUGUACAUAUCUACUGUUGUUGUACAGAGAAAAUGAUUACAUGAGUACCAAAAGAGAGAUUCCAUUCCUGGCUGAGGCUAAAAUUACACAUGUCAUUCACAAUAGGCAAGAAGUAACCACUAAGAUGAUCACAGUGGAUAAUCCAACGAGAUAUGUCUCAUUUAGUAAGGAAGGAGUGAUAAACAUAUGGCAUCCACAUAUGAGUUAUCCAGAAAAACAUGUUGUCAUGGUGGAUGAAGGUACAGAACAGUCCAAUCAAAAACGUCGUUACAAAACAUGGAUAACAGAUGCUGUAUACAUGCCAAACUGUAACAAGAUUGCUAUAGCAACAACUAGUCGCGACAUCAGAUUCUAUGAUUGUUCUACAAAUCAGUAUUAUUUAGAAUUCCAUUUACAUGCUAUGACAGAUGUAGCCAGUUGUUUAGAUUAUUGGUAUGAUCACAAGUUCCCUAACAGUCCCUCAUUGUUACUGGUAGGAGUAGACUCUGGAGCAAUACAUCUAUUAUACUUCCAGAGACCUGUCACCAGACUGUUCUCCUCUCAGAAUAAGAGUGAAAGUGGAGUUGUCAGGGUUCCAUGGAAUAAAGUAGCCGUCAACCAAGACAAAGAGGACAAAGAUAAAGAUGACAUGAAGAAAUAUGUCCUGUAUGAUAAGAUGUACCAUGAGAAGCCACGAGUGGUCCCUAAUGCUGUCAGACAAGUCAGAUAUAUCCCUGAUAAAAAUAGCAUUAUUUCAUCAACUAGUAGUUCAAAUAGAUCCCUUGUCAUUGCUAAUGUUACUAGUUAUCAGAAAGAAUCAAAAGAAUUCACAGAUAAAGUGUUCAAAGAAUAUGUGUUUAACAUAGACAAGGGUGUAGAGUGUUUUGACUUUAACAAGAACCUGAAUUUGUUAGUCACUGGAAGUUUAGACCAUCUUGUUCGACUUUGGAACCAGUAUGUACCAACCAAACCCAUGUCAGUAUUGGAAGGUCAUGCUGUCGGUGUCAUAGGGGUCAAGAUACACGAAGGAUUAGAGCAAGUCUUCAGUUAUUCAAAGGAUGCUGUAGUAAAAGUAUGGGAUAUUAAGGAACAGUCUUGUCUACAGACAGUGGGCCUCAAGUUUCCCAAUAGUAUACAUGGUAGAAUGCCAGAACAUGGAGAGUUUCCUAUUCAUCUUCAGUGUUCUCCACAAGAUGCCCUCCUAGUCACAUGUAAUGAUUACAUUGGCAUGCUGAAACUUGGACGUUCAAGUCAGCCCACAACCACACAUACAGUCACUCAUGAUACACAGCUCUGUGGAGCUAUUUAUAAUCCUUUCUUUAAACAGGUUGUAACUGGAUGUGAUUCCUCUAAUGUUGCUGUAUGGGAAUUAGAGAGUGGUAAUAAAUCUAUUGUAUUUUCCAAUGCUCAUGGUAAUGAAGAGAUCACAUGUAUGGUGUUUGAUGAAUCAUGGAGAAGACUGAUAACAGGAGCCAGGAAUGGAACCAUAAAGGUUUGGAACUUCCAGAAUGGUCAUAAUUUACAUAAAUUAGAACCUGAGGAGGAGGCUGAGGUGACAGGAAUUCUGCCCCUUGUGGACAUGAAAAUGAUUGUAGCUGUUGGCUGGAGUAGGAAAAUCACAGUAUAUGAUGACUCUGAUCCUGAUAACACUUACAUUGCUCCUAACUCCCACUGGAAAGGUGGACAGAUCCACAAAGAUGACAUUUUGACCUUGGAUCAUUGUCAUCCACAUUUUAUGGCUACAGCAGGAUAUGAUGGGGAAUUGUGUGUGUGGAAUUUGGAGACAGAGAAAAUAUAUUUACGUUUAAGACAAGGACAGCCUUCUGACAUCUCUAAAGCAAUAGAAUUUUUAACUAGUCAGACUAGUAACUUGAGUAACCAAUCAACGCAAAAUGGUCAUCUUCCAAAAUCAAGACCAAAUUCACGUCCAAAUUCAAGACAUCGCAGGGGUCACAGACUUCCUCAAGGGCAGUCUGCCCCUGUAGAUAAGGUAUUGUUCCUGAAGACAAGAGUACCAUUUAGGCAGUCCGAUGGUGCACAGCUAGUAUCUAGUGAGGCAGGCAAUAUCUUCUGGUGGUCAUUAUAUGGUACUAAACAACAAAUAGGUUAUUUUUAUGCCCCUGAUGACAAGGAUGAAUCUGUUUUAUCCAUGUGUACAGAUCCAGAUAAUGACAGACUUUUUACCAGUGAUACGCAAGGAAAUAUCAAAAUAUGGGACAUCAAAAAUUACUGUAUAAAGGCAGAAGAGAGGAGAAUUAAAUCUCCACCUCCUUUACUAGGGCAGUGGAAAGCACAUGAUUCACCAAUUGUCAGUAUAGAAUACAUCCUACAUGAGUCUGGAGAAUAUCUAGUCACAGCAUCUACAGAUAAAACAGCCAGACUAUGGACAAUUGAGGGACACUAUGUUGGUACUUUUGGACAGAAAAAGUCCUGGAAUUUAAAGAACCCUAUGACUUGGAUGCACCCAAGGACACCUUGGACUACAAACUCAUCAAGUAAUUCAGAUAAAAGUGACAAUAUAUCUGAUAAAAGUGAAACAGAAAGUAAGAAAAGUUUAAAUGACAAUGAAUCUGGUAUAAAUAGUGACCUGAAGAAGAGUAAGACAUUGAGUAAAGAUGCUGAGGCUGAUGUUAAUGUAGAUGUUAUAAUGAAAGAUAGAGAGUCCAUUGUUAAUGGUGACAUCACUGAAGACCCAACAGAUACCAGUAUUUUAGCACCUAACCUUAAAAUCAGGGCACAGACAUUUGCACUGGGUGACAGGUCAAAGACGAUAUUAGGAGCAAGAGUAACACAACACUUACAAAAUGUCAAAGAAGCUAGGAAAGAACGACGUAGAAAGUUUGGAGAGGAAAUUGAUUUCAAAUCUACCCAGAGAUAUGGCAAAAUUUGUUCUCCUUUCCAGGCAGUUCAGACAAAGGACAUCAAUGAGUCUUGCCUGCCUACCAAUCUUCCAUUAAGUCAACAGAUGUUAGAGCGAGGGAUCACGGCCAUGACGGAUGACUUACUUUUACAGUUUGACUUCUCAAUGGGAAGUAUGGACACACCUUCUGUCGACACGGAGAAAAAGAAAUUAACUAAAACAAAUCUACCAGAAAAAUCACAAACUUCACAUGGUAGAAGAUCUGUAGUCAGAGUUACACCACCCUUUAAGAAAAACAAUACAAUUUUAUAAGAAUAAUUAUAUUUACACCUAUGUCUUUCAAUGUUCUUGUGUUUUAUAAUUAGGUCUAACAAAUUAUGUUUUUAUGGUUUGGUAGGUGAAAAGUUUUUGAUGAAUUCAAAGUUGACCUUAAUCUUUAUAAAAGUUUUUGGGCGGCAGAUUGAUAUGAUAGACAGUUGAUAAACACUGAACACAUUAUUACAAUUAUUUUGCAAAUGCUUCAAAGAUCAAGUUGGGGAUUUUACCUACUGGUAUGAAAGGUCUUUUUUCUUAUUUUUUUGUUAUUAUUGCUCUGACAGAAACUUAUUUAUAUAUAAAAAGAUAGACAUUACAUAAAAUGUCUUAUGUGUUUCUUAUUGUGAGUCAAGCUGUAUAUGAAAAUUAUGUAUGAUAAGAUCUUGAGAAAUCUCAUUGUAUAAAGGGACACAACUUUGUGUUAACCAGUACAAAGGGAGACAACUUUUGUUAAUCAGGUAAAAGGGGGGGGGGAACAACUUGGUAGGAAAGGUAAAGAAACCCAACCUCUAGUGUACUGAAUGUACAAAAUAAACUUUCAACAGUUUGUUGUGGGUGUGCUAUGUUGAACUCUUUCCCACAACUUUAGUUUACCAGUUAUAAACAGAUUAGUUAUGUUAACCAAUAUAUCUGUGAAAUAUUUUUUGUUCUCAUUUCACUGUUAGCAAUGAAUUUUACUGAGUGAAAUAAGGCAUGAAGUAUGGUUAAAAUACAACUUUGUAGUACAUGAAAUUGCCAUUAUAAGCCUUUGGUCUUUUAAAAACUCAUAGUGAGGAUCUACAUGUAAUCACGUAUGUAAAAAAAAUUAAUUUAUACAAUAGAAUUUUUAUAUUUCAAAUUUGAGAAAAGUGUAGAAUUUGUGUUAUAUGAGUAUUUUUGUGAUAUACUUAGCUAUUCAAAUAUGGUUGUUAUCAUUAGUUUUUUGUUUUUUUGUUUUUCUGAAAAAUGUAUGAAAUAGUAUCUGAUGAUGUUUGCAUGUAAAUUUUCAAUUUUAAAGUUAGCAAAUUAAGAAGCCAGUAUUAUACAGUAAUUCAAUAUCCACCCUUUUCUACUGAUGUUACAUUUAAACAGUUUUCAUUUAACAGACAUUAUUGCUAACAUCAACAUAAUUUUGACUUCAGUGUAUUGUUGACUCAUAGACAGUCAUACUACAUAUUUUAUAUUACAAUAUUGGUCCUGUGUGAGUUUUUAUGAUAUCCGUCCUGUUAUAUUUUGUUUUCAGAUAUUGUUAUGUACUGUAUCAACAUCCGUCCAUGUUAUUUGUGCCAUAUUGGGAUGAAUUUGGUUUUAUUUUACUUGGUUGUGAUUUAUGGUUAUGCAAAAAUAUUCUUGAUAAUAAAAAAAUAUGGAACCAA